GGCCGGCCGCUCGCUCGUAGCACCGCUGCUUCGUAGCACGACGGCUAUAGGAUUACGACUGUAAAUAUAUUUAACGCAUUCAACUCACGGGCUUCAGUAUUUUUUGUGCAUUUUUGGAUGAGUAGAAUUGUGUGAUUUCAGUAGAUACAAAUCUGUUUUGAAAUCUUCAAAGACAGCACUUAGCAUUUGAUACUAACUGGAAUUAGUAAUCAAAUAGCACCCGUGCAUGUAUGUAGCACCAGACAGUCUAGAACGAAUUCGUCCUAAUGACGAAUGACGCAUCGCAAAGUGGGGCCAGCGAGCCUCGUGAGGGGACAGCCCGAGGGUCGUGGGGUGCCCGGAGGGGGGAAGACGUCAAGAUCGAGUUUGGGUUUGGAGUGCCACUAGGAGCUAUGGGCGCGCAUCCUGCCUUCCACUCCGCUUGGGACCUGGGAUGCCCAUCGUCAGGGUUCCACCAAAUGGCCCGGAUGAUGGACCGCAUGAUGUCAGAGAGCCUGCAACCAUUUGGCUUCGCGCGGAUGUCAACCAGGCGUGGUGGAGAUGGCAGAGACAAGAACGAGCCUCCGAGGGAUGGCCUGAGGACAGAACGGAGCGAAGUGCGGAGAGAGAGGGCGAAGCAGAACGUUCCGGAUACACACAUGGCGAAUGGCACUAGGCAUCCCCCUACACAAGUGGUAAAGCCAACACAAGCAUACACCUUCCAAAUACAACCAAUGGACACUUCAAAGCAAAAUGACCCGACGACAGAAAAGUGGGCCGGCACAUUGCGACGUCGAGACCCCAACAUCCAGCCCACUCUCCCCUCCAUCGUCUCCAGGAAGACAUCCUCCACUUCAUCUUCAGUAGGAAGCGGUAGGAAAUGUCGAUCGGUGGACCGCAUGCCCAGAGGUAGGGCGAGGCACCUUAUACCGAUAAAACCCACUGUUAGAAAAACCGAUAUACCUACAGAAGGAGACGUGGCGGUGUUGGAAAGAGAUGAGAAGGUUUUCGAUGCGACGGGGUACGAGCUGCAUUUAGUAGAGACCCUAGAAAGGGACAUAUUGCAGAAGAACCCUGACGUUCGUUGGAAAGAUGUAAUUGGUUUGGAUGAUGCCAAAUCCGUGCUGCAAGAAGCUAUGGUCUUGCCACUCGUGAUGCCGGACUAUUUUAAGGGCAUUAGAAGACCGUGGAAAGGCGUGCUACUCACGGGUCCUCCAGGAACAGGGAAGACUUUGUUAGCCAGAGCGGUCGCCACUGAGUGCAAGACUACCUUCUUCAACGUUUCAUCAGCUACCCUCACUUCGAAGUACAGAGGGGACUCUGAAAAACUCGUCCGGCUUUUGUUUGAUAUGGCAGCCUUCUACGCCCCAAGCACGAUAUUCCUGGAUGAGGUGGACUCCCUGUGCGCGGUGCGAGGCGCCGACUCGGAGCACGAGGCCUCGCGCAGGUUCAAGGCAGAGCUUCUGAUACAGAUGGAUGGACUCGCGGCAGCUUUUAAUCGAGACAAAAUAAUAAUGGUGCUUGCGGCUACAAACCACCCUUGGGACAUCGACGAAGCUUUCAGAAGGCGAUUUGAGAAGAGGAUAUACAUUGGUCUCCCUGAUGAAAUGACGAGGGUUAAGCUAUUGCACUUGUGUCUUCGAGAAGUAGUGUUGGCAGACGAUGUUAACUUCGCUGAUCUUACUACGAAGCUCGAUGGGUACAGCGGUUCGGAUAUUUGCAAUCUGUGCAGGGACGCUGCAAUGAUGACGAUGCGUCGCAAAAUCGCCGGCAAGAGUCCUGACCAGAUCCGUCAGCUGAAGCGUUCCGAGCUCGAAGCGCCUGUCUCUAUGAACGACUUGGAGGCCGCUAUGGAGAAGACCCAGCGUACCGUCACCCAGGCUGACGUAGCCCGCUACACGAGCUGGAUGCAGCGGCACGGGUGCUCCUAGCGGCGAGCUAAAGCGCUGCGAGCGCUGUUACGAAAGCUACGUAACGCUUGAGGAGCAUUUACCACAUUGUGCGAACAAAAAGGUCACGUUACCUGUGUUGGAUGUUUAGAUGGGCAUAGUUGAUGCGCUGUUGACGUGAGUCCUGAUAAAAUUCAAGGUUUUUUUAUGGGAAAGUCUUGAUACUUGACUACCUAAAAACGAUCGCGCUCGUAUCAGAAUAUCAAGAAUACUGUCUAAGUUUUUUAUGUGUCUGGGUAAAAUUUAGGUCGAGGUUAUCUUAGUGAGAUUGAUAUCUCUAUCAAUUAUAUAUAUAAUAUA